AUGAAGAACAUGAUGAUCUUCACUCCGCUGUGUCUGACCCUGUGCUGGAUGCUCUCUGUGGACUCCAUGAUGAUCCCUUGCAGUCACCGGUUAAACAUGGGUGGGCAAUCGGUUGAUGACAUGUACGAUGGCUGCAACAACAAAGCGUCAAUGGACAAGAUCAAAAAGCGGUUUUCUGAAGAGCUGACAAGUGGAGAAGAAUAUGCAUGGGCCUGGAAAAAUGCUGAAAUGUGUGCUAAUGAGAAGUUUAAGAUAAGGAGUAAUGAGGACAUGGCUCUGACAAAAGAUCACAUGCAAGCAAUCUGUGUGUACACAAAUGAAGGUGUGUAUCCACAGUUUAAUGAAGCAGUCAGAGAACAAAGGAAAAAUUAUACUAAGUCAUUCCAGUACCAUAUUUUACAUUCCCUGUUGACAACAGCCAUUAGAAUCUUGAAUCCUAAACGCCGCUGUCACACCACCUACAGACGAACUAAAGCUGCAUUUACUGGAAAACUCAACCAAAAAAUUCGUUUUGGUUCUUUUGCAUCCAGCUCUUACAGAACAGACCUGACCCUCUUUGGUAAUGAAACCUGCUUUAAGAUUAAGACCUGCUAUGGUGGAUAUUUAAAAAACUAUUCAUUCUUCAAUGACACCGAGCAGGAAUUCCUUAUCCCACCUUAUGAGAUGUUCACUAUUAAAGGCAUAGUUAAAGACAAAGAGCUGGACGACUGUAACAUUGUCUAUGUGUUGAAGAGUGCAGGACGUAAAAGUAAUCUGAACUGCAAGUUAUUUAGUUUUAUUCAAAAGUUUAAAAACCAUGUCAUAUCUUUCUUGUCACCAAAGCCAAGAUAA